GGGGAUGGGGGAGGCAGGGCUCAUGCCUACAAGUGAGGAGUUGGAGCGAGGUCCAGAGUGGAGCAGGGUCUGAGAGGAAACCCAGGAGCUCAGGCUGCCCUUCAGCUGCUCCAGCUCCUGUACACGCUCUUCCCGGAAGGUCCCCUCACCUCUGUUCUCUCCCUCCUGAACUGGAUUCCAGUUUUCUAAGGCUUCUGAGCAGGUUCUGAAGAAGAUUAAUGAUCUUAAGGCUUGUAAGAAACCCACAAAGUUCAGGCCCAUGCACAUAGACCUUCAUACUGCAUAAAACCGAAGGGAGAAGGAAGCACCAGAGGAACACCAGCCCAGAGAUCUGAGUGGAGACUAAGAAGCCUUCACCCAGACAGCAGAGAGCUGUAGAGACAGCAUCCCACACAUUCGGUCAUGAUGUGGCUAAACGAGAUCUGGAAGGCUGUCACACUUUUCAUAAACAUGGCAAAAUCCCUCAUCAGUCCAUCGUCUAAAUCCAUCACCGUUAAUGAGUCAUUCUGUACCAACCAGAUCCUCAGAUCUCAAGACGUCAAUAAGAAAAUUGGUGAGGCUGUGAAGGAGGGGAACUUGCUGAAAUUGAUCUGUGUGGUUAAUAAUAUAAUAAAGAGUAUGUCUAGACACCCAAUACGAAUUGCUGUAACUGGGGACUCCGGCAAUGGCAUGUCAUCCUUCAUCAAUGCUCUUAGGGAGAUUGGACAUGAGGAGGAGGAUUCAGCUCCCACUGGGGUGGUGAGGACCACCCAGAAACCAGCCCUAUACUCCUCCUCCAAGUUUCCCAAUGUGGACCUGUGGGACCUGCCUGGCACAGGGGUCACAUCCCUGAGCAUGGAGAACUACCUGGAGGAGAUGGACUUCAGCAAAUAUGACCUGAUCAUCAUCAUCGCUUCUGAGCAGUUCAGUUCGAAUCAUGUGAAGCUGGCCAAAGCCAUGCAGAGCAUGAGAAGGAGGUUCUAUGUCGUCUGGACAAAGCUGGACAGGGACCUCGACACAAGUGCCCUCCCAGAACCCCAGCUACGGGUGAACAUCCAAAAGAACAUCCAGGAAAACCUCCAGAAGGAGGGGGUGGAGGAGCCCCCCAUAUUCCUAGUAUCCAACUUUAGUCCUUAUUUUCAUGAUUUCCCAAACCUUAGAGACAAACUGAGAAUAGACCUCUCCAACAUCAGGUAUACAGAUUCCUUAGAGACUCUUUCUGGAAUCUGUGACAGGAGCAUCAACGAGAAGGCGUUGUCUCUGAAGAAUAGCAUGCUCACAAGACCCCAGGAGACAGCUGAGAGCCGCAUGUGUGAUAUUGCUGACCUCCAGGAGAAUUUUGAAAACUACCAGAAGCUCUUUGGUGUGGAUGAUGGGUCCCUUCAGCAGGUGGCUCAGAGGACAGGGACACUGCAGAUAGGCUGCAUGGCCAUGAAGUUCCAGGAGUUGCACACGAAGGACUGGAGGCUGAGACUCAUGAUGAGUUUUCCCGUGUGCACGUUCCUCAGGUGUCUUGAAAUCUCGUGGUGGUAUGGCUUGUGGAACUUUUUCACCCGUGGCUUAAGACUCUGGAGACAGCUCCUCAUCAUUGAAGUACUUGCGCACAAUGCCAAGACUGUCUCGAGGAGUGUCCUACAGGAUAAUACCCACCUUACUGAAGUCCUUUGAGGAGGGUCUAACUAAACCUCAUAUGAAAUUCAGGCAGCCUCAGGGUCUUCUUUUUGAUUAUGGCCCUAGCUAUUUUCUAGAAAUGAACAAUAGCAACAUGUUGUAAUAAGUCUUAAUAGCAUUAGAGGAGGUAAGAAAAUUGCUCAUCUUCCCACAGGCAACUCUAAUACCCCGUUACUUGGAAGAACAAGUAUCCACCAAGAUCAUCAGCCACACUUUCCUAGCUCAGCACUUAGCACUGAUGCUUCCAGUUUCAUUUUCCUGCAUGUGUCCAUCAAAUGGUGUUCCUCCUAAACCAUUAAAGUUGUCUUCA